AUGGAAGUUCUAAGAACUUCCUCAGUUAAAUCAAUUCACAUCCCAAAUUCAGUAAGAAAAAACCAAUUUACCAAACUCAAGUUUUUAAGUUUUCAGUUUAAUCCAACACCAAUUUCAUCUUUCUCAAGAAUUCACAAGAAAACACCUUCAAAAUCCAAGCUUUUCACAACCUUAUCAUCAUCACCAUCCUCUGUUUCAACAGGAGCACACGAGCCAGAACUUGAAGCUGACUCCCAAGGAGAGAAGUUUGAUUGGCAUGCACAGUGGUAUCCGGUUAUGCUAGUUUGUGAUUUGGACAAGAGGGUGCCACAUGGAAAAAAGGUGAUGGGUCUUGAUAUUGUGGUGUGGUGGGAUAGGAAUGAGAGAAGAAUUGAUCAAUCGGGAAGGUUGCAGUGCGUGUACCAUGGUUGGUGUUUCAAUGGCUCUGGUGACUGCAAGUUCAUCCCUCAAGCUCCACCAGAUAGUCCUCCAAUCCACACUUCCAAGAAAGCAUGUGCAACAGUUUAUCCAAGCACAGUGCAUCAUGACAUUGUGUGGUUUUGGCCGAACUCCGAUCCGCAAUACAAAGAUAUCAUUACCAAGAAGCAACCUCCCUUCAUCCCAGAAUUGGAUGAUCCAUCAUUUAUCAAGUUUACUGGUUGUAGAGAUAUUCCUUAUGGAUAUGAAAUCUUGAUUGAAAACCUGAUGGAUCCUGCUCAUAUUCCCUAUGCACAUUACGGAAUUAUGAAAACACGACCACCAAAAGUGAAGGCUGAUAGAGAAGGGGGCGGCCCAUUUGAAUUGAGUGUUACAAAACUAGGCCUAGAUGGUUUCAUUCGAAAUCAAGAUCAGUUUGGCGCUAAUAAAUUUUUCGCACCAUGUACCUCUUAUGCUUACAGUAGUCCUGUGGUUGAUCAAGGUGAUGAUAUUGCUUCAUCGGCUGGAACAGAAAAGGCAAGCAUUUACUUGAUAAGAGACGAGCGCAAGAUCAUGGAUAUCGGCCCUGCCAAAUGGCAAAAGGCCUGUUUUGUGCCAACAAAAGCUGAUGCCUUCGUGGUUGGUUUCAGAAGAUGGUUGAACAAGUAUUCUGGCGGUCAAGUUGAUUGGAGGGGCAAGUACAGUGGGGCUCUUCCCCCAACUCCUCCUAGAGAACAGCUGUUGGACAGGUACUGGACCCAUGUGGUAAGUUGUUCCAGUUGCAGUGCGGCAUAUAAGCGUCUCAAUGCACUAGAGGUGAUUCUGGGGGUUGCUUCUCUAGCUCUCAUUGGGAUUGCUGCUGCAACCAAGCACAGCGUCAAUACAAUGGUUGCAAUGGCAGUAGUAUGCUUUGCAGGUUCUAGAUGGUUAGUUCACUUCAUCCACAAAACCUUUCACUACCGUGACUACAAUCAUGCUUUUCACUAA